AUGAGGAAAGAUGACUGUCUUCUACAGGAGAACUUGCAAAAUCAAAGCUGUCCAAAAAGAGUGGAACGAUGUCACGAACAUAAUGCACUUGGAAAUGUUUAUCAGAGCAAAAGUCAUUGUCCUUUAUGCCAAAAUCAUGAUAUACUUUACUUACAUGGGAAAACACUGAAAUCAAACUUAAGUUCAAUCAGCCAGAACAGAAACUAUGAAGUAAAGAACCCCAUUAAGGCUAAUGUAGAUGGGACAUUCUUCCUCCAUGCAAAGCGUGAGGAAUUUCACAGUGAAAGUAAGCUUCCUGAGUGUGGAAUUCCUAUGAGCACAAAUUCACAGAUCAUUACAUGUCUGGGAACUCAACAGAUAAAUAAACCUCAUGUUUGCACUGAAUGUGGGAAAGCCUUCAUCAAGAAGUCCCGCCUCAUUGAUCAUCAGAGAGUUCACACAGGAGAAAAACCCCAUGGAUGCAGUGUAUGUGGGAAAGCUUUCUCUAGAAAGUCUAGACUCACUGAACACCAGAAAACCCACAUAGGAGAGAAACGGUAUGCAUGCACUGAGUGUGACAAAGUCUUCCCUAAGAAGUCACGGCUGCUUAUCCAUCAAAAAACUCAUACAGGUGAGAAGCCCUACAUAUGCGAUGAUUGUGGAAAAGGCUUUGUCAAGAAGUCUCGGCUCAUUAAUCAUCAGAGAGUUCAUACAGGAGAGAAACCUCAUGGGUGCAGCCUGUGUGACAAAGCAUUCUCCAGGAAGUCCAGGCUCAUGGAACACCAGAGAACUCACACAGGAGAAAAACCGUAUGAAUGCACGGAAUGUGACAAAGCCUUCCGCUGGAAAUCGCAGCUCAAUGCACACCAGAAAACUCAUACAGGGGAGAAAUCAUAUAUAUGUAGCGAUUGUGGAAAGGGCUUCAUUCAGAAGGGCAAUCUCAUUGUACAUCAGCGAACUCACACUGGAGAGAAACCCUAUGUAUGCACUGAAUGUGGGAAAGGCUUCAUCCAGAAGGGCAAUCUCCUGAUACAUCAGCGAACUCACACUGGAGAGAAACCCUAUGUAUGCACUGAAUGUGGGAAAGGCUUCAGCCAGAAAACCUGCCUCAUCUCACAUCAGAGAUUUCACACUGGAAAGACUCCCUUUGUGUGUACCGAGUGUGGAAAAUCCUGUUCACACAAAUCGGGUCUCAUUAACCACCAGAGAAUUCACACAGGAGAGAAACCCUACACGUGUAAUGACUGUGGGAAAGCAUUCAGGGAUAAGUCGUGUCUCAACAGACACCGGAGAAUUCACACAGGAGAGAGACCCUACGGCUGCAACGACUGCGGGAAAGCUUUCUCCCACUUGUCAUGCCUUGUGUAUCACAAGGGGAUGCUACAUGCAAGAGAGAAACGUGGUGACUCAGUCAAGUUGGAAAAUCCUUUCUCAAAGCAUCUCAGCCCAUCACGUCCAAGUGAUAUGGUACAGAGGAAAAACCCUGUUAGUGUGGUGACUGUGCAGAUGCCUUCUGUGGCAACUCAGACUCCAUCCCACAGUGAUAAGCCCCUAGAAGAUGAGAACAUAACCCUUGUGGGACAGCUAGGGGGCAGAUAUGCACCCUCAGCAGAUAAUAGAAUUUGCACAGAAGAGAAACCUAGUGAAUGCAGUGAAUGUGGUAGUACCCUCAGUGGUCAAUUACAUCUUAUUUUUGUCACAAAAGACACCCAGGAAUAA